GAGUUUCUAACUCGAACUGACACAUCUACUGAAUGACUACAUAUUGUUAAGUGCUCUGUGAUUGCAAUUCUAUUAUAGGUUAGAAGUAGAGACGUGAAGUAAUAAAAAUAAUUUCAGCUUAUUUAUGUUCACUUUAAAUUACACCAACACAUAUUUUAAAAUUCGUUUUAUUAAAUAUUUGUAAUUUAAAUCACAAUAUUCUGAAAAAUAAACAAGAUGAAACGAGGUUACGAUUCAAUGAAUAAUUCUUCAAUUGAGAUUAGUUCCUAUCGUGAUCAACAUUUUAAGGGUUCUAGAAAUGACCAAGAACGGUUACUACGUCUAUCGUCCACUUUAUACAUCGGAAAUUUAUCUUUUUAUACAACAGAAGAGCAAAUAUAUGAACUAUUUUCCAAAUGUGGUGAUAUUAGACGAGUUAUUAUGGGAUUGGAUAAAUACAAAAAAACACCUUGCGGUUUCUGCUUUGUGGAGUAUUAUACGAGAUUAGAUUCAGAGAACUGUAUGAGGUAUAUAAAUGGUACAAGACUAGAUGACAGGAUAAUUCGAUGUGAUUGGGAUGCUGGUUUUGUUGAAGGUCGUCAGUAUGGGCGGGGUAAAACCGGUGGCCAGGUUAGAGAUGAAUACAGAACCGAUUAUGAUGGAGGCCGUGGAGGUUAUGGAAAAAUAAUUGCACAGAAAUUUACUCCUAAUACUUUAGAACGCUGAUCUUGAUUAUUAUUUUAUGUGGAUUAUUCGAAUAAUUUUCACUAUACCUUGUGAAAGACUGUAAUAUAGAUAAUAAGAUAUUAUAACAUUCAAUCUGAAAUUCUGGAUGUUGCAUCUGUAUUAAACCUUUUUAUACCAA